GCGGGGGCCCGGUAACCGGGUGGGCAGCCAGAAGGAAACAGCAGAAUUGCACCUGAGGAUGGAUAACUAUUGUAUAUAACAUAUUGCUUCAUCUGAUCAGCAGCUUACUGAUGAAGAUGGCAAAGAAAAUGGAUUUGUUUCAGAAAAUUAUUUCUCGAAAUUCUUACCAAAGCUCUGUGGUGAUGUACAUUAGAAAAAAGCAUUAAUUGCUUCUAUCUCUAGAUACUUGUGUUUUUUCUAAUUGUAUAACUACUUGUCAGCAAAGAAAUCUGCAGGAUCUAAUAUGGAACCUAAGGACCUUCCUUCUGUGAAUGAAAAACCCUGUGAAAUUCAGCCAGUAACUCUAGGUAAUUCUGAAUCAAAUGAAGCUGAAUGUUGUGAAUUUGGAGUUGACUGGAGAAGCGGGCUGAGCAAUGAAACCACUGUGGUUCCUGAAAAGCAUUUCUCAAUUUUUCCGACUGAAGACACUAUUUCUGACCAAAUGUUGAACUUCUCUUUAAGUGGAGUAACAUGUGAAGACAAAUUUGUUGGUGAAAAAGUUGCAUUUAAUGAAUCUAACUAUGCUACCGCCGAUACUCCUGAAGGGUUAGUCAUAGAGAAAUGCAAUACGGAUGAAUCAUUACUACCUCUGCCCAACCAGAACUGGAGUUACAUUGAAAGUUUCAUAAAUGAGAACAAGGAUGAUUUUUUGGAUCUCUGUACGACAAAUGAAUUUUCAACUAAUUUAAUUGGUGAAGAGGACAGUGACAGUUUUUUAUUUGAUGAUGAUUCAACAUUAAGCAGUGAUGUAUGUUCGUUAAAGAUAAGGUACGAGUCUUUUCAGGACAACAUAAGGGAGCAAACUAAUUUCCAGGAAGAUGCACAGCUUAAUUUUUUCCCCAGUAUCCAAUGUAAUGGAACCAAGAAAGUUGCAAAAACCCCUAUAAAAAAUAAUGCUGUUUCUCCUGGGUUUAUUCCAGAAGGAGGAAAAGGAUGCAAUGGUCAGGAACGUAGCAAGUUGUAUGAAUUGGAAACUAACCAGUGUCUUUUAUCAGGUGUUUUUCUGGAUAACUGGAAAGAAGGUGGCCAGGAUUCAAUCGAUUCAGUUUGUUUAUCCUCCAUUAUAGAUGAAGAUCAGGAAAACUGGCAAUUAUUAAGAAAAAAUGCUCAGAGGUGUUCAAAGCAAACCAAUUACACAUUGAGGGCUAAACGACAAAUACGGUACAGUGAUGAUUAUUUAUACGAUAUUGAUUCCUUGGAGACUGUGAAACUAUCAGGUACAAAGGACCAUAUUACAGAAUCAACACAGGAAGAUGAUGAUGACUGGUGCCCUCGGAAAAGAAGAAAGACUGGGAAAAAAGAGGCACCUGUUGUAAUCAAAUAUAUAAUUGUCAAUCGAUUCAAAGGCCACAAAAGCAUGCGUGUAAAAAUUAGUAAAUUAGACUCCACAGAGAAGCAAGUUCUAUUGACUGAUGAAUUUGUUAAAAAAUACCAGAAACUUUCACCACUUAAGGAUUUUUUGCCUCCAGUUCCUUACAGUUGUAAUGUGUACCCUAUUCAAGAAAGGGAUGAUGGAAAACUAAAACCUUGCUCUGGUGCUGGAAUGUCUUACAUGUUCUUUGCUUCUAAAAAUAAAAAACACACCCUUGUUAACAAGAUGUCAUCAGUUAAAGUAGGACACACUUUGAACAGGCCAAAUGAUGGUAUCCUUGAAGCAAACACAGGUAUAUCUACAAAGGCCCCAAAAUAUGAUAAAUCAGUGUAUGAAUUUACAGAUGAAGUAGAGUUAAAGCGCAUCACAAUUAGGACUGUGAGUGAGCCAAACCAGUUGAGACUUGUGCAUGAAGACUUGAAACAACUAAAGAGCAAACAAGAUGUGUUUUCAAAGAGAGGGAAAGCAAAUAGCCAGAUUGGUAAGGAUACCUUUGAUAGAAAUUCUGCAAGAAGUGCAAAUGGAAAGUCUCCAGUUCCACAUGCAGAAAUGCACAGAAAUUCAGGUCAGUGUAAUGCUGCUUCUCCUUCUCCUUUACCUAAUUUUAACACAGCUAGCUUGCAUUCCCCAGCAUUCCAUGGCAAAUUAGAAGCACAUAGUGGCUUACUUUCUCCAGUUCCAGCUACCAGCUGCCCCGAGUGGCCUGUACCAUCUGCUUAUAAUACGCUCACAAUCCCAGAAAUCUCUGGGGGAUAUUUCCGGUCUCUGCUUGAUGGAGAUGAUCCCUCAAUUAACACACACCUUCAGCUUUCCUCCCAGCAUUCUUCUGUCAAUGGGCAGUGUAACAAAAUUGUAACAGAAAACCCAUUUUCUUCUCCACAGCAAAGACAGAGUGAUGAUCGUGCCACACGGUGCAAUGGUGGUGAGCCAAAUAUAUGUCAGCAUUUGGAAGAAAAGUCACAAGUUCAGCAAAUGUGGAGUGUAGAAACUGUUCAGAAUCUGCAUUUGCACGGGGGGAUGGGAAAAGAUCUUUUUCACUUGUGGGCAGAUGACUCAGAAAAUGAAAGCCUGGUACAGGUUGAAGCUGAAAAACGACCAACUACAAACAGGAACUUGAAUCACCAUGUUUUUACGUCUCACAGUAGUCAAAAUGAAAUGAAUGUCAACUGCAGUCAAAAAUAUUUGAAUGAAAAAACAAACCAAACCCUUCCUUCAAAAGACUCCUUGUGUAUUUUGGACAUUUCAAACUUUACUCCAGCAAGAGUGAAGCAGAGGUCUUGGUCUAGAUUUUCACAGGUGAACACACCUGGAGUCCUUUCUGAAACCAACAUAUCCUUGGACCAGUGCAGAUGUGAUCAGGUUUUCAAUAAGGUCGGGCCACCAAGUUUGUGUGUAAAUCAGUGGCAGACAUGUGGUGAGCUGAAUAGAAAUGUGAAAACUUACUCCUUUACUAGUGAUCCAUCAUGUAUGUCAUUUUCACAAAGUGCAAGACCUUUUCAUUCACAAGCUUCUGAUCAUAUAAAUUCCACAAGUAAUUGCAAAUUUAAUAAGGCAAUAAACUUCACUAGAACAAAGAUUUUGAAUACAAAUGCAAGUCAAUGGGAUGAAAAAGCUCUUCAUGAAUACAGAGGUUAUAGUACUGAGAUAGAAACUAUAAAAGUAGAGACUAUUGAAAAGAAUGAUGAUGCUUCACUUGAAAAAGAAGCAGUUGAAGUUCAAGGAAACACUUCGGGUGGGUCGUAUGCUGAGCAGAUGAACCAAUCUGAAAAGGCCUACAAACCUACAAAAGGAUUUACAAAUAAAGAUUUAGAAAUGUGUGCUAAACUGGUGAAAAAAGGUUUAAUAAAUACAAAAUCCAAACUUCCUAUAAAUGGAGAAAAUCUGAAUGGAAAAGAUGACUACUGGCUGGUACCUACAGAGUCCUGUGCAGAUCUGAUGGGAGAAAAUCAUAUAGGAAGCAGAGUAUUAAAUGGUCAUCAGAGGGAAUUUGAAGAACCUGACAAUAUCCUUUCUAAUAUUGUCUCUGGAAUGGCAGCAGUUCAGCGGUUUAUGAUGGCCUCUGUGGAACCAAUGUUAAACCCUGGAGACGUUGUUCUGUCUGCAAUUAAUCCGUCUGCAGAACUGAAGAAUAGUUACAAAUGGAAAUCCAAACCAUUGUAUGCACUGCACAUUGGUGCAAAAGAUUUGAAAAAUAAGAAGUCACAGCAUGGUUCAGAAUGCAUUCCAAGCAGGGAUAGCCCAAAUAAUGAAUCUGUCAAUCGUAUCUCAUCUUGCUGUGCUCAAAAUGUAUCCAACCCUGUUACACAACCAAACUGACUUCAGCAGAUCUACAUGCAGUGCACUUCAUAGCACUAGAAACUGUACAGUAGCUGGAUUUAAAAAGGAAAAAUCUAUAAUGUGAAUCAUCAAUUUUACUACCUCGCCCUACAGUAGAUUACAAUAGUGAUUUUAAGUCCUGUCUUAUAUAUUUAAAACAGUACUUCUGAUUCACUCUUAUCCAGCAUAUAGCUCCCUUUUAAGACAAAAAAGGGUCAUGUUAAGUAAAUAUUUCAAUAAUCCAUAAAAUGUCUUCUUUACACAAAUUACAAAACAUUAUUUGUGUUUUUGGUACAUAUCUGCUCAGAAAUGUGCCUUUAUUUAACUGUUGCAUAUCAUGGGAAAUCAGCACAACAUACUUUACAAAGUAACAGCAAUGAGCAAUCUGUUUACAGCUUUGCCAUUAGUCCCGACUCUAUUUAAUGUGUGUAACAAAUUACCUGAAGCAUUAGUAUGUUACAAAACUGGGAUAACUACUGUAUUUUAAUACUUGCAAUUCAGCUGAUGUAGUGAGAAGAUUGAAUUUUGUCAGGAAAUCCACAAGUAAGCACUGAAAAGUGAUACUCCCAAGUAAUCACUGGCUGUACUAUAAAAGAAACCAGUAAAAACACACUUGUAUUAAUUGACCUGAUGUUGCAGUCUUGAAGAAUUAUCCAUUUUGUAAAUUUUGCAUAAAGUUUAUAUGCAACUU